AGUGUUUGUUUGCGGUGCGCUGCGGCAGGUGCGGCGGCGGCUGAGUCCGUGCGGUGACGGGUCAGGUGGGCCCGCCCCCCGCUCCCCAGUCGGCCGCAGGGCGGGAACGCGGCGCCAGCGGGCGGGGCCUUACGGUGGCGGGUCCUGACAGCACCAGGGCAGCCGGGCCGAGCUGCUGGGGGCUCGGACAGGUGACGAGGUGUGCCUUGCUCCGAGAGGAUUUAUUUAGCUUCGUUGCGACUGCAUGCACCUGACACCCAGAGCCUGGCCUAGACUGAGUCACGAGUCGAGAGAAGAGUCUUGCGUCUGGCGAAACGGACAGCUCAGGUGAACACGACGUACGAUCACAGUCAGCAGUGGUGAACAGAACAAGUGGUAUCGGACAACAUCAGUAAACGGAGCAAACGGUAACGGGCAACAUCGGCGAAUCAGUGGCAAAGGGUCACGGAGAACGUCAGUGAACAAAAUAAACGGUAACAAUACAGAACAAACGGCUACUGAGAGCAAAAGUGAGCAAAGAAGACGGCAAACUGACGACCAGUGUCCACGCCGCUGACCCUGGGGCCAGUCGUCUAACGCCAGGUCACCAGUCAGUCGCCUUUUUAGGCAACAAUCGCUCACCAGUCGGCUACCUCCCGAACUCGUCAUGGCUCCAGUACAGGGCUUCUGGGGUCAGCCGACGUCGACCCUCGACUGGUGCGAGUCCAACUAUGACGUCAACAGUUAUAUCGCCGAGUUCUGGAACACACUGAGCAACCUGUCAAUGAUCGUGCCGCCCCUGUACGGCAUCUACGAGUCGUGCAGGAAUCAGUUCGAAGUUCGGUUCACAGUCUGCUUCGCUCUCCUCAUCGUGGUGGGCUGCGGCUCGUGGGCGUUCCACAUGACGCUGCUGUACGAGAUGCAGCUGACGGACGAGCUGCCCAUGAUAUUCUGCAGCUGCUUCCUCCUAUACUGCCUAGCCGACAUUCAGCACAUGCAGACACAGAGUCACCUGAACUGGCUGUCAGUCAGCCUGGUCAUCUAUUCACUCAUCUUCACCUUGUCGUACCUGCUCUACCCCAACCCGCUCCUUCAUCAGGCCAUCUAUGGUCUAACCACCAUCAUCAUCACAGCACUGGACGUUCGUCUGGUGCGCACCCAGACCGACCGACAGCUGUGGCGACUCUUCUACGGCGGCAUGGUCUGCUACUCGACGGCGUUCCUGCUCUGGAACGUCGACAACCACAUGUGUCUGCCCAUCAGCCGACUGCGGGCCAGCCUGCCGCCGCUGCUCCGGCCGCUGACGCAGCUUCACGCCUGGUGGCACCUGCUGGCCGGCUACGCCAGCUACAUGCACAUACUCUUCUGCAUGAAGAUUUGGUACAACUUGCGACAACAGAAGGCGCACCUGACCCUGGGAAAGCUGGGUUUGACCAUUCGACGGCCAGAGGUCGCCACGAACGGCUGCAAGAACGGCCACCACAAGACGCGCUAGCACAGCUACCGCCGCCUACCGGUAAUCGAUAUAAGCUGGGCUUGUAGAAUGGACCGGGUCAAAGCGCUGCCAUCGCGUAUGCUGCCGUUACUAGCUGCUGCCGCCGUUCCACUUGCCAAUGACCGUUCUGAGAUUAUGGGAAAGUGCUGCAGGACAUAUAUUCCCGAGUCGGUUUCUGUGCCUCUUCACCCAAUUUUUUACACUGCUAUUGUACGCAAACAUACUGUUCUUUGACCUUAGCUAGGUUCAUACUUUAGGUAUACCUACUGUAACUCAAGCGGCCGCCAAGUCAGUAGGUAAUUCAUAUCCUCAGGAAUUAGACAACAAGGAACGGUGCAUCGAGCGCCUGGCACACACAACACUGACCAGCUUCUCUCUUUAUGGAACACUGUAUCUACUUCCGAAAUGCAUCGAAUUACUGCCAGUACCGAACAAUGGGAUGGUUUCCUUUGUUCAAGGAACCGAAGACUGUCUAUCGAUUAGUGAAACAGUGGAAUGACAUUUAACGAUAGGCGAAAUGGUGAACACAAAUGUAUGUACAGUCAAAGCGAGAUGUGUGUUGAACUAAAUGUUACGCGGCUAACAGCCUGUUACUGCCCCUUCGCGUUGAAGCCUUUUGGUUGGCGGGUUGGCUUGCUGAUUGCUUUUGCGAAUUAUAUGUUUCUAAGAAAUGAUGUGAACUGUGGAUAUGCUAUGACAGCGGAGAACAAAUUCUGUUUUGGUGAAAAAACCAAUGUGUAUUGCUUUUUACUCCGUACCUACUCUUUGGUCUACGUUGAUGUAGGUAUAUUGUAUAAAUAAUCAAUAUAUCGACAAGUGCCUCUGCUACUCAUCAGCACAAGACGGCUUUCGGCCAUCAGCUUUGAACUGUUUGUACGGAUAUUAUAUUAUACCUACCUACUAUUUGUACCUUGCCAUUGUGAACGCACUUUUGUGUACUUAGUCAAAUAGCAUGUAAGUGUGUGUGUGUGUGACACUGUCACUGAAAUAUACUUGUAAUUUGU